UCAAAGGAGGCAUCGAGAGAAGAAAGAAAACAAAUUGAAACAGAUCUUUAUUCUGUCAACGUCGAUGUUUCUGCUGAGAAUCUAUGGUCAUCGGAUGAAACCAAAUCCUAUCUGACUGAUAUCCCAGAAAGACCGAGGAUCCUCAACAAACAUGACUCCAAGAGUUUGAGUGCUGGAUCCUCAUUGACAGCAUUGCCACAGUUGGCUCAGUAUAUGGAGCCAUUAUAUGAGACAUUCUUUUGUCCUCUGACGAAAAGGAUUAUGGAUGAUCCAGUAACAGUGGAAAGUGGAGUAACAUACGAGAGAACAGCAAUUACUGAAUGGUUUGAGAAAUUUGCAGAUCCAGAGGAAAUUGUCUGCCAGAAAUCAGGGCAGAAGCUGAAGAGCAGAAUUUUGAGCACCAAUGUGGCUCUGAAAGCAACGAUCGAUGAGUGGAAGGAAAGAAAUGAAGCUGCAAGAAUUAAGGUGGCCCGAGCAGCUCUUUCAUUGGCCAGUACAGAAAACAUGGUUCUUGAAGCGAUUGAUGAUCUGAGAAACGUCUGCAAGAAUAAGCCUUACAAUAAGGUACAGGUUCGCAGCAUAGGAAUGAUCCCGUUGCUUACCAACUUUCUGGACUACAGAAGCAGAAAUGUAAGAUAUGUUACAAUGGAACUAUUGAGACAAUUGGCUGAAGAUGAUGAAGAGGGCAAGGAGAUUAUUGCCAAGACAGUAGAUAUUUCAACAAUGAUAAAGAUGCUGUCAAGUAGUCACAAACCUGUUAGACAUGCAUCCGCGUUACUCCUGCUAGACCUCUCAAGAUCCCAAUUUUUCUGUCAUAAAAUUGGGACAGUAGCCGGAGGCAUUCUGAUGCUGAUCACAGUCAAAUACAGACACUCCUUAGAUGCUUUUACUUCAGAAAAAGCUGACCAGAUCUUAAGGAACUUAGAGAGAGUUGCUGAUAACAUCAAGCUUAUGGCAGAAAAUGGAUAUUGGGAACCAUUGUUAACUCAUCUGGUUGAAGGUAGUGAAGAGAUGAGAAUGGAGAUGGCAAGCUAUCUUGGGGAAAUCGUUCUUGGACCCGAUAGCAAGACUUAUGUGGCUGAGAGGGCUUCUCCAGCUUUGAUCCAAAUGGUGCAC